GUAAUGUCCGAUCGAGAGGGGGGGCUGAGGAUACCCUUGCUUUGUGCACUGAGAUUUAUGUGGUCAUUGUAGAUUAGAAUAACAACUACUACUACACGAAGAAGAAAAACAAACCAAGAACGAGGACAGGGACACGACAAGGACAACGAACGGGGACGGGCCAACCUGCCUCCCCGCCUGUUCGCUUGGAUACUCGAACAUCUAUAAAAACAGCACCCAGCAUCAGCACCUACACCAGCACCGUCCCUUCACACUUACCCAACCCAACCCAACCCAACAAACAAUACCAAAAUCAUGGCUGAAGUCCAGGGCCAGUGCGACCCGCGCUUCGAAAAGCUCAAGGCCGCGCUCGCCGCCAAGAUCGCCAGCGGUGACGAGCUGGGCGCCUCGAUAACGCUCAACAUCGGCGGCCAGACCGUCGUGGACAUGUGGGGGGGAUGGGCAGACGAGGCCAAGACGCGGCCGUGGGAGUCGGACACCAUCACCAACGUGUGGUCGUCGACCAAGACGAUCGCGACCUUUGCCUGCCUGGUGGCGCACGAGCGCGGCUUGCUCAGCGUCGACGACCCCGUGGUCAAGUACUGGCCCGAGUUCGGCGCGGCGGGCAAGGACAAGGUGCUCGUGCGCCACCUGAUGUCGCACACGGCCGGCGUGUCCGGGUGGCAGGACAAGGUGACCAACGCCGACGUGUGCGACGUGCCCGCCGCCACGGCGCGGCUGGCCCAGCAGGCGCCCUGGUGGGAGCCCGGCACGGCCAGCGGGUACCACGCCGUCACCAUGGGCCAUCUGCUGGGCGAGCUGAUCCGGCGCGCGACCGGCAAGCCCAUGAAGCAGUUCGUGGCCGACGAGAUCGCGGGGCCCCUGGGCGCCGACAUGCAGAUCGGCGCGCUGGAGAAGGACUGGCCGCGCAUCUCGCCCGUCAUCCCGCCGCCCCCGUUGCCCUUUGACUUCUCCAAGAUGGACCCAAACAGCCCGACCGUCAAGACCUUUGGCAACCCGCCCAUGGACGCCACCGUGGCCAUGACCCCCGUGUGGCGCCACGCCGACAUGUCCGCCGUCAACGGCCACACCAACGCCCGCGGCCUGAACCGCAUCCUCGCCGCCAUCCCCAACGGCGGCACCGUCGACGGCGUCAAGCUCCUCUCUCCCGAGACCAUCGAGCUCAUCUUCCGCGAGCAGGCCAACGGCACCGACCUGGUCAUCGGCAUGCCCAUCCGCUUCGGCAUCGGCUACGGCCUCGGUGGCGGGUGCACCGCUCAGACUGUGUCGUGGCUGCCCUCGGAGAAGAUGUGCUUCUGGGGCGGCUGGGGCGGCAGUUUGGAAGUCAUGGACUGUCACCGCAAUGUCACCUUCACCUAUGUGAUGAACAAGAUGGGCGAGGGCAUCAUGGGCAACGACCGCUCCAAGGAGUACACCGAGCUAGUGUGGAAGAUCCUAAACGAGGAGGCAUGAUAUGGAUGGGCAAGUCAGACCAAGGCUGGAGAGAGACGUCGCUGGCGGGCUGCAUAGCUGCUGUACCGAGAACCUUGCAAGGAACUAGUAUCAACUGAACAUCCCGCGGGCAAAGUGUUGAGUCGUCGUACUCGUGUCUGGUAAAUAUCUCCCCUCAUCUAGCCCAACUUCCAGAUAGGCCUGUAAACUCCAAUAGACAGGGCUCGUUGGCCGCUUUCUCCUCUCCAAUAAAUAGCAGUGCUGUGGCAGUGUAGUGUUGGGCGUUACUUCA